CCUCGUCAUGUUGUUUGCUGACACACAAUACCCAUGCAAAUUACACUCCAUAGUCACGUGAUCGUGUCACUCAUCUACGGGCCUACGGCUCACUUUUUCCGCUCACUCACUCACCCCAGCCACUCUUAAACAACUUCAUACUAGUCUCAGUCAAAGAUAAACCUCAUUCCAGUAUGGGCGCUUUUCAAUAUUUGGCCCUGGCAUUCAUUGCCUACACUCUCAUAAAAGCAAUCUUCUUCACAGACCGGUCCCCCAUCCCCGAGACAUCGGGUAACGUCCAUAAAAUCACCUCGGCGGCGCAGCUGCGCGCCCUCCUGGCGUCUGCGCCGUAUGUCGCCGUUGACUUUUAUGCCGACUGGUGUCCGCCCUGCCGCGCCAUCGCCCCAAUCUUCUCGCAACUCGCCGAGGACUAUGGGAGCGUCCCGGCGAAGCUUGCGUUUGCCAAGGUUAAUGUCGAUCAUGUGAAGGAUGUCGCGGCAGAAUUUGGAGUUACCGCUAUGCCGACCUUUAUGUUCUUCCGAGAUGGCCAGACGCUGGGUGAGAGGGUUCGCGGCGCGAAUAAAUCCGCGCUCGAGACUGUUGUUAAGGCUUUGGCUGCGGAGGUCGGAGUUGAGAAGAAGAAGGAAAUGGAGUGAGUGAACCCUGUUAGGGCUUGGGGGAUCAGGAUAGAGCGACCGGCCUUGGGUUCAAU